AUGCUUAACCCCAAGGUUCUACGCUACCCUGUGCUGGCCAUCGCUGUGGGGCGUGGCAUUUCGGAAAUGGACCUUGCCGAACUGAUUGCCUCCUCCUUCGUGCCUGCUGCGGACGCGGCCCCGGGUGCAGCUGUGCGCGCCGCGAGCUACACUGCACCACCCCUACCUGCCCCUGAGCCGAAUCUCGCGGCAGACAUCCGCUCGCUCUGCGAGGAGGAUGUCACGCUCUUCGAGCUCGAGCGCGUUCUCUUGCGAAAGAGAAAACGCAGCGCACCUGGCCCGGAUGGAGUAACCCAUCAUCUCUUGCGUAAUCUCGACGCUUCCAAGCGCCCCAUCCUGUUGGAAGCCUCUGACCGGGUGUUCGCAAGUGGAUCCCUUCCUGCCCAGUGGCGCACGGCAACUGUCGUCCCAGUCCUCAAUGGCUGGGAAAACAAUGGAGGAAAUGCCCUUCAUCGACUGCACUGGAUUGCGGAUGCGUGCAACGUCUUCGCCCCCAAGCAGUGCGGUUUCCGACAGCAUCGUGCGACGGCCGAUUGUCUGGCAGCCGUCGUCAGCACACUUGAGCAGGCUCUCCACGACAAGGAGAUGGCCAUCCACUUGCUUCUCGAUGUCCAGUCGGCGUUCGACUCGCUGCCCCACGCUUCAAUCGUCGGUGCUGUGCGCUCCCUGGGCGUCGAGGGCAGGCUUCUCGAUUAUGCUCGGGCCUUCGUUGCAGACCGGACGUUUGGAGGGCCCGCCGUGCGCGUUGGAGGGCUCGCCGCCACCUCCCGUGCCUUCAGCUCGACGGUGCGAGCAUCUCUUGGCAAACGAGCGUCCGAUACCUCGGGCUAA